UGGUUCAAGAGAGAUUUGAAGCAUUUUGGUUGCUGUGAAUUCUCAAAGGAGCAAGUGUCACAAUCCUCUGGCCUGGCAUGAAUUGUUCCUCUUUGGUUUUUUUCUCUCCCUUGUUCCAGGUCUCUGGCAUUGCACUUAUCGUGGUCGGUAUUGUGGUGCAGACCAAGUUGAAUGGCUCCCUGCACAUCACCAGUGUCGCUGCCUCUGGAGCUCCCAUUGUCAUCAUUAUCGUUGGGGUGGUCAUCAACUUUGUCGCCUUCUUCGGCUGCUGUGGUGCCUGGAAGGAGAACUACUGCAUGGUGACUACGUUUGCAGUUCUGCUGAUCCUGAUUUUCAUUGUGGAAAUUGCUGCUGCCAUUGCUGGUUACAUCUUCAAGGAUCAGAUUCGUGGGGUCCUUGAGAGGACACUUAAUGAAACGAUGAUAAAUUACAACAAAACAGGAAAUACUGUUAACAUCGAUGAGUUGCAGAAGCAGUUUAACUGCUGUGGAAGUUUCUCCUACAGAGACUGGCUUCCGCUAUUGAACCAGACAGUCCCAGAUUCCUGUUGUAAAGACGAGUAUCCUGGCUGCGGGAGCAAUCCUACAUCGAGCAAUAUUAACGAAGAGGGUUGCGUGAAUGUUAUUAACGCAUGGCUCAAAAGAAACAGUCUGAUUGUUGCAGGUGUGGCUCUUGGCAUCGCCUUAUUCCAGGUCCUGGGUAUCAUCUUUGCCUGUGUGCUCAUGAAAGGCAUUCGAAGUGGCUAUGAAGUAAUGUAGUCUCCAUCUUUAAAAGGCCAAUUUUUGUCUGAUUAUAUAUUUUUGUCUGUAUUUUUGCCACACCUGUGAAUGUUAAUCGCAAUGAAAAAUUAUUUCCUUCAAAGGAAACAAAUGUCUGUAUCUUUUUCUAUCCUGCUUUUGAUUUUUUUUUUUUAAAAAUGUAUAAAUACUAAAAUGUAAAUGUAUUGACUUGCCAAUUGCAGCUCAAGUACAGCUCAUCGCUGGCUUCUUUUUAGGGCACCCUCGUUCCUCCUCUGAGGACUACAAAGAUUUGGCACACUCUUCUUGUGUAAAAUAGCAUCUUCUACAGGGCGGUCAUUUUGGCUUGGAAGGCCUUGCAAAAAAAUGCUGUAGGCCGUGAUUUUGGAUGAGGCCUAUCCCCUAGUUCCAGGUGAAUUUGACAGCACGUGUGUAUAUGUUCUCUUUGAAUUGAGGCAACCAGCUGCUUACCUUAUCCUUUUUUGAGUGACUUCAGUGCUGACCAUUAUUGUUUUGUGAGCAAGGACUGCAUUGCCAUUUGUGGAGCCAACUGUAGGUGUGUGGUGAAAAAACGUUAAAAGAUUUAAAAUAUCGCCAUCGAUUUUAUGGCGUGGAGGUCAAGAAUGUCCUUUUUUUUUGUUUUUAAAUUAACCUCUUCUAGCUUUUGGUAGCAACUAAAGGGAAUUUUGAGCAAUCUCUUUGGUCCAAAUAAUUUGACUGGUUUAGUCGCCUGUUCAGACGACUAGUAGUCGUGACACACUUGUGCGUUUCAAAUUGACCCAUGCCUGUGCUAGCUACCAUCUUGUGCCAUCUCCAUCCUAUUGGGUUUUAUGCCAAUCAGGAUUCUUGUUUUCUUCCUAAAAUAUUGCUAAGAUGCAAACUGGAGUCUUGCUUUGGAAAAAGUUUCGCUCUUGCAAAAGGGUUGUUCAGUGCCUCAUUCAAGCACUUGUGAAAAUGCAUGUUUUUAAAACCGAUUGUGAUUCCUUUUUUGCCCUUGGAACUAACUUUUUUUUAUUUCUCCCUCACUGUGCAGCUUGCAAUCUUGAAUCUUUAAAAUUUUCAGUGCACUAACGCACGCACACUUUUCUCCAGUAUCUAGGGCAGGGAUCUGAAUUUCCCCUCUGGCUUUGUGUUGUGCGUAAGAUUUGUAAACUACAUUACUGGAAUACAGUGCAGAAUAAAGAGAGGUGUAAGAUAUCCUCAGCCAGCAUGGUGUGUGUAUUAAUCGGACUCCACACUGUGAGCUCCUGAACUGUGUUUUAGGUCAACUAUUUAUAUUGUUGUUUGUAGCAUGUGGCAGUUGAAGCUGUUUUGAAGAUUUUUGUCCGUGCUGCGAUUUGUAACAUCUGGUCAGCUGCAAAGUGGCCAAACCUGCAUGCUCUGGUGUCACAGUCAGAGGUCUUCCAAAACACAGCCUGUCCAUCCUUUAAUAGAAAGUAAUUUAACUCUUUCUUGUGCCCCUUCUUUCCCCCACCCUUAAGCUGAUGGGUGCCUGUGCUGGGGGUGAUGCUGUGUUCCAGUAGAGCCUUGAGUGAUGUAUUCUGGGAAUAAAGGGGGCCUGCCUGACUACCUUCUGGAGAUCACUGUCUCUAAGAUGAGAAUCUGAUUUUUUUUUUUUUUUUUUUUGGUCUGUUGCUGUCUCAAAUCUUCAGGCUGCAUAUCCUCCAAAUUAUACUUCGGAAAACUUUUUUAGAAGUUGGGAGUACGUGGUGCAAGGGUGGGUGUUGGUAAGGCUCUCACUCUUGCUGCUACUGCCCCCCCACAAAAUAAAUGUGCUCGAUCCUGUUGGAGCAAAUAUUUUAAACAGGAGUAAGGGUGGAAUAUACCAAGUGUACAGUUGUUUUGGUGGGGGUGGAGGGUGGAGAAUGAGCAGUUUUGGAGGUUAAUCAACCUCUCCUGUGGAUUAUGUCUGCAACAGCUGCUCUGUAACUUUGUAACUCCCUACAGUAAUGGAGAAUUGGAGACCUCUUGGUAGAAUUUGAAGUUUUUUUCCUUUCCGAUCUCUUUAGCAUGUAAAAUGUGACUGCAUGCUAUUUUCAAUAUGGCUUCUCAUAUAUUCAAGUGUAGAGAGAUUUUUUUGGUGUUCUCAUGUGGCAAAAUAAAUAUUUUCUAAGUUGUG